UUUUUUUUUUAAAUCUUUUUUCUUUUAAACCCAAAGGGACUUUUACAAAAUUGCCGUGGUGUGAGAAGAAAUUUUUUUUAAUUAUUAUUAUUAUUAUUUUUUUUACAUGAUGUUAUUGGACCAGUCUCACGUGCACCUGUCUGCCCACACGUCUCUGUAACCAAUUAUGUUUGCACUCUUUCCUCUGAUGAAUUCCGCUUGGCACGGAUGUGACGUGCGUGUGCGUGUGCGCGCGCGUGCGCACGACCCUCCUCGUCUCUAUUACAGAAACGUGGUUCAAGGUUGUCUUCAGUCAGCACGCCGGCUCGAGCGCUGAAGAAGCGAGGGUGUUCGCGAAGGUGAGAUGGAACAAGCCAGGACGACAAUAACAAAAAUAUUCAAUGGGACGGAGGGCUCCUACACGCGUUUCCUGACCCAGAACAUGGAGGAAGACUCCAGCCACGUGGAGAUGAAGCUGUCGUCUGAUACGGAUGAGGAGGUUGGAGAGAACGGAGUGGUGGAUCAUGGGAGACAACAGCAUCAAGCUCGUCCGGCCUACGUCAGCAAAAGCGGCCUGUGCAAUCCCAGAAACAUCUGCAUAGCGGCAACGGUGGCUAUUCUCACCAGCUUCCUGAUUGGACUUUUGAUUGGCUCUAGUAUGUAUAAAAAGACAACUGAAGUGGCUUCAGGAUCCUGUACGAUUUCCUCCCCGGCUUCUGACGGCAACGUGACCCCGAUCGAAACGGUUUCCGCUCUUGACUGGAGCGACAUUACGGCUUUGCUGAAUCGCAAACUGACCCCAAGUGGCAUUGCAAAGAGCCUCAGUGAAUUCUCCAGUGAAGAUCAUCAAGCAGGAUCCCCAGGAGACGAGACGCUCGCCAGUAAAGUGUUCACAAAAUUCAAGGACAAUGGCAUGGAACCCUGGAUCGAUACGCACUUCGUUAAGGUCCAGGAUCGCCCUAAAGGUGGCGAGAACAAAGUGACGUUCGGCGGCAAGACGUUUCCCGAACCUGGUUAUUUGUCCUACAGCGCGACAGGAACAGCACAGGGUGCGGUUUUGUAUGCGUAUUAUGGACGAGAAGAUGACUUGACAAAUCUGCAGGACUUAAAUAUCGACAUGAACGGAAGGGUCCUCUUGGUCCGUGCUGGAAGAAAUAGUUACGCUGAGAAGGUUGCUAAUGCUGCCAAGGUGAACGCAAGUGCGGUGCUGAUCUACCCCGACCCCGUCGACUACCAGUUCAACGAAAACACUACCCUGCUUGGCCAUGUCCAUCUCGGCUCUGGUGAUCCGUACACUCCGGGUUUCCCAUCUUUCAACCACACCCAGUUCCCUCCAGCUAAAUCCUCAGGCCUGCCAAACAUCCCCUGCCAGACCAUCAGAGCCGGUACAGCUGCAGCGAUCAUGAGGCAAAUGGGAGGUCGCAAUUCCCCUCGUGGAUGGGCCGAUGGAGGUCUGCAAUACGUCGAGUACAAGCUCGGGAGUAGCGACGACAACGUCACCGUGGAGGUGAACAACGUCCUCACGGAGAUACAAAUCCAUAAUGUGUUUGGAGUCAUUAAGGGUUUCGUAGAUCCAGAUCGUUAUGUGGUGCUGGGAGCUCAGAGAGACGCCUGGGGCCCUGGAUUCGCUACGUCUACCGUCGGCACUAGUCUGCUGCUCGAGUUAGCCAGAGUUAUUACCAGCAUGAUACGUGAAGAUGGAUUCAAACCCAGGAGGAGUAUAGUGUUUGCCAGUUGGAGUGCCGGAGAAUACGGGGCUGUGGGUGCCACCGAGUGGCUGGAGGGUUAUUUACCUUCGUUGAAUAUGAAGGCCUUCUCCUACAUCAGCCUGGAUGGAGUUGUCACAGGUUCCGCCUCUUUUAAAGCGAGUGCAAGCCCGCUGAUGUACGACCUGAUACAGAGUACUUUAAAAGAGGUAUCUUCACCCACUGACUCCAGCAAGACUUUAUUCGCACAAGUGGCUGGAACCAACUGGGAGGCGUCUGUGAUGGAGCCGAUGAGGAUGGGUGACCCUGCCUAUCCGUUCCUGGCCUUCUCCGGCAUCCCUUCGGUCUCUUUCCGAUUCACUCAGGAUAAACAAUACCCGUACUUCGGCACCUUGCUGGACACCAGGAGUAAUCUGGAGGUCAAAGCGUCGAACCUGCUCGCGCUGACCAAGGCGGCAGGUGAGAUGGCAGGUCAGAUGGCUCUUCGGCUGGUACACGAUCAUCUGCUGAGACUGAACACGGAAAAGUACCUCAACAUCAUGCGCAUACGUGUGUCCAAAAUCAGUAAGGAGGUGAUGAGUCUGCAAAGGAAUGGUCGUCUGCCGAAGACCCUGCAGAUGAUGUGGUUUAUGUCCGCGUUAGGAUCCUACGGUCGUGCCUCCAGAAAUCUCAUCGGCACCAUCCAGAACAGCGACCUUGACGAUCUGGAGCAGUGUCGCAUCAUCAAUGACCGAAUCAUGGGGGUGGAAAGAGAUCUGCUGUCUCCUUACGUGUCUCCCCAGACCGUGCCGUUCAGACACAUAUUGUUUGGCUCCGGAUCAUGCACUCUACAAGACGUGUUCGCACAACUGACCGCGAUCAAAGAAGGAUCGGCCAAUGCUGAUGUUGACCUGCUGAAAAAUCAGUUCGCUCUGACCACCUGGACGAUCCAGAGCUGUGCCAACGCACUCGUGGGCAACGUGUGGGACAUGGACAAUGAGCUUUAGGUGAACUUUAGCUCCGAUUUAUAAAGAGAAGCAUCCGAUCAAACCUCCAGUCCCCUUGCGUAACGGAUCGCACUCCACCGGUCUUAUUCGGAAACCUUAAAGUGACCCUGUGCUAUAUUUCAACCAAAAGCUCGCUCGAGUAAACGAGCGCCACGUCCGUGUCCAUUCCGUCCGCCAUUCCUGUGCACACGAGGCGAGGCGAGCAAACGUCACACGUCAUGAUGUAGCCAAUAAAUGAACGUUACUGUAAAUCGAACGAAAAUGACUGCUACCAAAAGAUCAGAUCGAGUUUUCGGGUUGAAAUAUAGAACAGUGUCAUAACCAAUAUGAAUAUCCUCGCUAGAAUAAAAAGCAGCAGCCAUUUCUUUCUCCAAAAAAAAAAAAAGAAGAAAAAGAAUGCCGAACGACAAACCUGGUGCUUGAUGAAUACGGCGUUCUGAUUUUGUGAAAAUAUUACCUCGCACAGUAUUUUUCUGAACAAAUACAGCAAACAAAAAAAAAAAGGUCAAGUUAUAAAGGUUUAGCUCAAUUCGUAAAAAAAAAAAACCCCAAAAAACAAAAAAAAAACCCACGAGUUCUAGUUUUACUAUUAGAAAAUUCAGUGCGUUUUCACGACCUCGAUUUGAGCUAACCUCGUUCGGGAAAACCCCUCGGAUUUCAAAGCUGACGAUUUAGUUCACGAAGAAAAGUUCAGCGCUCUUAACCCAAAGCACCGAGCCUCAUGAUGUUUAGCAAUUACAGGUCAUUUCGUGUCCUAGAAUUAUGUCUGGCGGUGGAGGGUCGGGGGGAAAAAAAAAAAAAGAUCCGGAGUUGUUACGUCAUGAGCCGACCGCCAAGCUUCACAUUCGUGGCACGGAGAUCUCUAUUUAUUUAUUUAUUUAUCAGUGGCAGGGUUCACUAUAAAUAGCGUUUUGUUUUGUUGUUUUUUUUUUUUUUUUUUUUCGUACGACUUUUUUAAAAACUAACGUGUAAUUAUCGGAAGCAGUGCCUUCCAUAAUUAUGACAGUCAUACUGUCAAAAUAACAAAAGCAGCAUCUGCUACGGAGGUAAACUCGUUUCCGAAAAAAAGAAAAGAAAAGAAAAAAAAAAAACAGUCACGACCAGGGACCGUCACAUUGCAUGGUUCAGUGCUGAGUCACACACCCAGAUGUUGUCAUUAUAACCGAUGAUUGACGUGAGAUCGGGUGUCAUCCACACACACACACACACACACACACACACACACACACACACACAUGUACACUAUGUGACUCAUCUCUGGUGUUUGUGUCUGUUUUUUUUUUUUUUAAUUUUUUAUUUUCAUUCUUGACCUUUAACCAUUAUCGGGAGCAGCGUCUCCCAUAAUGUGAGUGAAGUUGAUGGUAGUUUUUGCCUACCAGCGUGUUGAUAUCGAGAGCAGGGCCUCUCAUAUUUCACUGUAUGGUGGAUGUUAAUUAUCGGGAACAGUGUUUCUCAUAAUGUUGUACAUAUUAUCUGCAUGGACAGUGCAGUCAGCUUGCUAAAAAAUCUCCUGUGUGUCUCAGCUGUUAGUGCUUUCUUUUAUUUCUUUAUUAUGUGAACGGAAAGUAGCGACAAAUCGGAUCAAUCCUACAAGCAAGCUCUAGAAAUAAGUCCCGAGUUUAUGAUGGGCUAUUGUUUAAUUCUAUAAUAUGUAUAUGUGCUUUUCAGCUCUUUCUUUUUUUCUCGCGUGUGAUUUUUUUUUUAUUAUUAUUAUUAACACCCCCUUCCCCCCUCUUGUUUGUGCCUUACGUGAUCUGAGAGACUUUUUUUUUUUUUUUUUCCUACAUAUUAAAUCUUGUUCCAAUCUG